AUGGAAGCCGAUGUCAACGCCGUUCUCAGUGAUUCUACUUCUAGUCUUCCCGUGACGUCUGAAAUUAUCGCUGCUGAAACAUCAAGAGAUCCUGUGGUGGUGUUCCAUAUCAAUGAAGGAUGGCCCAAGUAUUCCAAGGAAAUUGAUGAUCCAAUUGUUCAACAAUUCUUCACUCGCCGAGACAGUCUGCAGAUCGUUCAAGGUUGCAUCAUGUUCGGCGAUAGAGUCGUUGUGCCAGACCGUUUUCGCAAACGCAUUCUCCACCAACUGCAUCGAGGCCAUCAAGGAAUGGAGCGGAUGAAAUCCCUAGCGAGGAGUUUCGUGUACUGGCCCAACAUCGAUGAUGUCGUCGAAGACUACGUCCGCUGCUGUAGAUCUUGUGCUGAAGCUGCUAAGUCACCACGCAAGACGGACCUGGAGUCGUGGCCCAUUCCAUCGAAGCCGUGGGAACGAAUCCAUAUUGAUUAUGCUGGCCCAAUCAAUGGAUACUACUACUUUCUGGUAAUCGACGCAUAUUCAAAAUGGCCAGAAAUCUAUCGCAUUCGAAGCACAAGUACAACAAAGACACUGGAGAUGCUAGACGAGAUAUUUGCAAGAUACGGUAAUCCCAAAACUCUCGUCUCGGAUAAUGGAUCGCAAUUUGUUAGCGCCAGAUUCAGGCAAUUUUGUGAAGAAGCUGGAAUCACCCACUUAACGAUUGCGCCCUACCAUACACAGUCUAAUGGACAGGCUGAGCGCUUUGUGGACACACUCAAGAGAGGACUCAAGAAGAUACGAGAGGGAGGAAAUCCAGCAACUUUCCGACAUCUUCAAACAUUCCUUUCCGUUUAUCGAUCCACGCCCAAUCGAAGUGCUCCUGAUCAUAAGGAAUCCACUAGUGAUACUACUGAGACAAGUUUGCCAUGGACUAUGCUGCUUGAGGAAUUUGGUAUGCAAGUUUUGUGUACCCCAUGCCCCAAUGAAACUGCCGAUCCUGAUUUGGAAAAAGUUCAACAACCACCUGAAGUACUGCCCGAGAUGCCACCCUCAGGUCAACAACCACCUCAACUACCACCUCCUACCGAACCAACAUUGGAUCAAGAAGAGGUACCAGUCCCUGAAGCCGUUGUUGAAGUCAUUGAACCACAGUGCUCCAAUCAACCCGUUCGUAACCGAAGGCUUCCAGCAUGGCUUGCACCGUACGAUCUCUUUUAA